CUGGGGGCGUAGAAAUAAGGAUGUAUGCGCACAAUCGAGGCUGCAUUGCGCGCUUAAAUACUGGCUUAAUUACGCGUGUCCAUACUUGCGGGUAAUUAGCCCAGUAUUUAAGCUAAUUACCGCCUUAAUUACCAAGUGGAAACAGCCCCAAGUCUUUCGGGCGCUUAGCCCUUUGGCCUUACGGCCUGCUCGGUCUUUCCAAACACUUCGCUUGAAGGCAUCAUGCGUGGUGACGCGUCAAACAUUUACAAAUGGGUGGUCGACGACGUCGUGAGCAGCAUGACGGCCGAAUUUCAGGCCGCUGGCAUCGACGAGUCGGUCCUCAUGGAGCUCAAGACAAAGUGGGAGGAGAAGCUGCGCCAGCAGGGCUUGAUUCACGACAACGAUGGGGGCGAUGACCACCAUGCCGCUCGCCGAACCGGCGCGGCUGGGGAGGCGGCGGGUGGUGGCGACGAUGCAGGCGGCAGUGUGCUGGGGAAGCGGCGGGCGCCCGAGGGCGGCCUCGCGCCCGGCGCCCCCAACGCAGGUUUUAACAAUCCAGCUUUUGCCGUGGCGCAACAGUUCUUCGCAGUCUACACGCAGCAGCUAAACCACCAUACCCAAUUGCUGCAGCAGCAGGCACAGCAGCAGGCGCAGCAGCAGCAAGCGCAGCAACAGCAACAGCAGCAGCAGCAGGCGUCGCAACCGGACCCGGCGGCGGCAGCACGUGCUGCCCAUGCUGCGCAGGUGGCGCAGGCAAACCACGCGGCACUCGCGCAGGUCAUUGGCGGCGCGGCGGGGGCUCCUGCAGCCGCGGCCGCGCAGUUCGCUCUGAAGCAGGAGCCAGGGCGGCAGGCGGUGCCCGGGCCGCACCACCCACACCCGCACGCGCACGCACACGCGCAAGCGGCGCACCACCCCCAGGCCGUGCAGCCCCACCCGCACGCGCACAUGCACACGCAUCCGCACGCGGGGCAUUACGCGCCGGCCCCGGGACAGGCGCCGCAGGCGCACCACAUGCCGCCGGGCGGGGUGCAGCCGCAGCAGGCGGCCGCGGCCGCUCAAGCCGCGGCCGCGGCCGCCGCAGCCGCAGCCGCGGGCUACCCAGGCGCCUACUACGCGCACGGGCAGAUUCCGCAGCAUGACGGCGAGGACGGCGACGCCGGCGCGGGGCCCAGCAGCAGCGGCGCGGGCGCGGACGGCGGGGGGGACGGGGCGGGCGGCGGCGAGGAGCCGGCGGCGGAGGGUGACGAGGUGCUGUCAGAGGAUGAGCACGACGAGGGCGACGAGGAGGAGGUGGUGGAGAACCUUAUGAUCGGGCAGUUUGAGAAGGUGCAGAAGAUGAAGAGCCGCUGGAAGGUCGCGAUGCGGGACUGCGUGUUCCACAUCAACGGCCGCGACUACCUGUUCAAGAAGUGCCAGGCCGAGUUCAGCUGGCAAUAGUUACUGAUGCAAUGGUGUAUUCUGCGAUAGUUGUGUUCCAGUGUUGUGCCAGAUUAGUGGCUCUGUAGGCUUUUUACAUGCUCAGGGGCCAGCAACUGAGAUGGUAGGGAUCAAGGAGGAUGCAGGUAGCCGUGGACGGGCCUGGUGCUGUUUGCGAGUGCACUCGUUCCGCGUUGAACACGGGGCAUACAUGGCUCGCUUGGCGCUGGGCAUGAGGCGCCUGGCUGCUGUGCUGUCAGACUAGUGGCGCUGGCGACAAGGCCCAGUCCGCCGUCUUCCCUCGCGUGUGGAGAUGGGUAAAAUAGGCCAUUGCGCCGGUGCGUUGGGCGUACAGCGGGAUGUCGGAUGCCGCAAGCACACGGCAGGCAUGAGCAGGGAUUCGUGACGGCGCCAUGGCGCCAACGACGAGCACGCAGGAGUUGCCGAGUAUGACUUUCAUGGACGUACAUGGACUGAAGCGCGUGCUGGUGGGGUCAAGUGCCCAUCGCACGCCUUCCUAACGAGGAAGGGCCUGCCACGAUUGGCACGACAGGUCAGGGUGCACUCGGGUUGCACGAUGUCAAUUUCGAUAGAAGAAGUAGGAGGAAUACCGUGUGCCGGGUUGGCGGUAGGGGAAUGGUACACAGGAUGCAGAGGGCAGUCAUGCUCCCCGUCCGCAGCAAGGCAAGGGCCGGACGCCGCACAGAAUGUGGACAUUGGUGCCGGGCGCUGCCCGUAGUGGCGUAGUCCAUGUUCGCGCAGUGCCAACGAUUUUCGAACGCAUGGGAUGCUGAGUUUUGGGCGUAACUGGGGCUGUGAGCUCGUGUGGUGAAGGAUGUCCCGGCAGCCCUUCGCACGCCGGAGGCGGCCAGGGCCUGCCUCGGGCCUCCACAAUUUGGCUAUGGUUGCCAGCAGUGCGUUGUAGGGCAGGUUGGGUGUACGGCGUUGCAGCAUCAAGGGAAUAUCCUGAGCGUGCAAGCAUGCAUGGACAACCGAGUGCUGCUACGUCCGGACCAUUUGGCGCUGCCAUCUACCAUUCUAUCCUAGUGCUAGGUGCUAGUCUGGGACAAGGCGGCGAUGGCGGUAGAACUUGGGGUGGCAGGACAUCGGCGACCCGUCACCUGCCGCAGCCUGCCGCAGGUCAUGGUGUCACUCGCACGUUCUGCUGCUCUGCUGGUGCCCGCGGAACUCCAAGCCCUGCCAGUCCAUGGCGCACCCAGCCUUUCUGUGGUGUGGGCCUGUGAGGUUUACUGUGCGCACUGUGGGUAACCCUGACUUUCCCAGUGCUGCGCGCUGGCGUGCGCACACUGACCUGAGUCACACUUGGGAGACGUUGGCGGACUGCAAAUUUUGCAGGGUGGUGCUAGCUAGCUGAUUAGCUAGCUGCUUUGUAAGUCUACUUUUCC